GCAAUGAGUGGUUUAAUAUAUAAUAAGAUCUUGAAAAAGAAAUUUUCUCUCCCAAUACGCAAUAAGGUUAUUUUACUUAUAGCCCGAAUGGCACACCAUAUUUUUCAAUCUCCUUCAUUCGGCCAUUUUCACACACCGCGCCGUUAGCCUGUUUGCGCUGUUCGUGGAAGUUGCAGAGGAUGUACUCAUCGCAUUUCAACGAUGAUAUAAUAUGUACAGCAAAAAUUGAUGGCAAGGGUGACAUGAAUCAGAUUGACAAGAAUCCAUAUAAUGCUAUCAUCACUGCCAUCAGAUUCAUACAUAGCUUCCUUGUUGUGCCUGCCAAUAGCAAGGAAUUGAAACCGGAUCUCCUGCUUGAAGGAAGGGCUCUCUACCACUCAGCCACGGCGUCUAUGACGUCACUUGGUCAAAAAUCCUUUAUACAUUUACUUGCCCUAGUUGGAAAAACACCAGAAUUGCCUAGCUACAGGGCGCCGCCAUUGUGGACACCCAAAGUUGUGCGGAAAAGAAAAGUUGACAGGAGAUCUGAUUGGUCAUUAACAGAAAAUCUUUGUGAUGGAAUUUAAUAGUGAAAUAUAAGUGAUAAAAAUGACAGGUGACAUAACAGAAUAUGUAGAAAGAUACAGAAGUUAUAAGGGAAGAUCUGAGUGGAGAGGUGAUAUUUGGAUGGACAAUUUCAUUCAGUGCGGAUCUACACUAGUUGUAAACAGGCCAAAAUUUGAAGGAAAAACGCAACGGCAAGCCAUAUAUUUUUUGGUGGAAUUUUGAAGGGGAGAUGAUGAACUUUGCUGAAUGGUGACUGAUUUUUUGAAAAUUGGCUUAAUAAAUAAUUGACAGUGAUUGGAAUUUGUAUGGAAGUCUAUGGGAAAACAUUUGGUGGUGUUUGUCCUAUACUGAGGUAGCGAGAACCAGUUUAUGAGGUAAGUGUAAGAAAGUAGUGCAUUUUUAGCGCCAUUUGUCAGUUUUAGAAUAAAAUGGAUGCAUUUUUUGAUAAUUUGAAAGAAGAAGUAAAUCGUAAAAGUGUACGGGGCCCCCAAGGGGGCACCUGCAUCAUUUGGAGGGGUAGGAUUUCCCCCUCUGGCUACUGGCCAGAGGAGGGAAGAAAGGUGGAAAAGGCCCACAGAGUUGCCCUUAUGGCAGAGUGGAAACUGACUCGGAGUCAGUUUCCACGUGACAAUGUAGAAAGUAGCCACCUCUGCCAUACCAAGCUGUGUGUGAACCCCCAGCAUUUGGUAGUGGAGUCCCACUCUAUCAACCAGGAGAGGAUUCACCGCCAGUUGCAGGGGGUGUGCAGCAAGUCACACAUGUCCUGGUGCAUUUUAUGUAAUUAUAUGUAUUUUACAUGUAAAUUUCAUUUCAUUUAGCAUAUUUAGAUGGUGGUUUUGAAUAGCUGGCUGGAAGGGGGUUUCCCCUACCCCAGAAUAUAGGGCGUUAUUAUACAUCCCGUCGCACUGAAUUCCUAUGGUUUUUGGACUUUUGUCCCCCUCAAUUUAUUAAUAUCAACUAAUUUCUUACAUCUUUUUUUCAUAUCAGACUUGUUUAAGGUGAUUACUUUUUGCAUAAUGGUGUUGCUUGU